UGUACACUAGGUGUCGCCAUGUAGCUUAAUGUUGCUUGCUAGCACGCUGUUAAGGCGGAGAAAGGAAGAACACAGCUGUGCUCGGUCACUGAGAGUAAACACAUAAGCCGGAGAUGAACUUGACGUAGCGUUCAAGCGUACCACCUGUGUUUCCGGACCACGUGACCUCCUCGUGAUGGCCAGUCCGGUUACCCUGGUCAUCAGGGCGCCGAACCAGAAGUACGACGACCAGACUAUUAACUGCUUCCAGAACUGGACCGUGGAGAAGCUGAAAGCACACUUGUCGGAUGUGUACCCGAGUAAACCUAGCUCCAAAGACCAGAGACUAGUUUAUUCCGGGAAGCUGCUUUUGGAUCAUCUGACUUUAAAAGACGUGCUCAGAAAGCAGGAUGAGUACCAUAUGCUUCAUCUGGUCUGUCCCUCGCCGACUCCUCCCAGCUCCCCCAGCCCCGCCCCAAGACAUAUAACCAAGCCUCAGGGGGAUGCAGCAGCACCUGCAGUUGCUCCGACUACUAGUCCUUCCUUCUCCGGCCAAUCAGAGGACAGCAGUGACGGACUCCGACAACAAGCUGGACCUUUCCCCUACCACCAGUUGCAUCAGCAGUUUAUUCACAGCUGGAGCAUGUCGACCCCGCCCACAAACGUGACCUCCUAUUACAACAUCAUGACGCUAAUGUGGUGGCAGCAGCUGUACGCCCGCCAUUACCCCGUGCACUAUCAAUUUCUGGCGACCUCCUCCCAAAACCUUAGACCGCAUCUGCCGAGGAAUCCCCCGGUCUCCCAGGUGGACCCGCAGAACCAGCGACCUCAGGCGGAUCGCCGUGGCAACCCUGAAGUGGAAAUGAACGCCCAAGGAGGGGAGAUCCUGAACGAGGAGGAGCUAAACCGGGAUUGGCUGGACUGGGUGUACACGUUCUCACGGGCGGCCAUUUUACUCAGCAUAGUGUACUUCUACUCCUCGUUCAGUCGCUUUCUCAUGGUGAUGACGGCCAUGUUGGUGCUUUACUUGCACCAAGCCGGCUGGUUUCCCUUCAACUUAGAAAACGAACUCCAGCUUCCUGGAGACGGAGACAAUCAGGAGGACAUGGAGGCGGAGCUACAGAACAAUGACCCCCAUGAAAUGGAACGAGCGGCGGACGACAGCUCUGACGAUGAAGGAGGAGAAAGCGGGGAGGAAGGAGCCGAAGAUCCAAACAGCAACGUCCCCCAAACGGGCUUCCUGUCCUCCACGUGGUCUUUUAUCAUCACCUUCUUCAUGUCGCUCAUUCCGGAGGGUCCGCAGAAUGCUGCCAACUGAGCCAAAAACAUUCUUUAGCUUGUGUCAAAAGUCUUGUUUGAACACAGGACGUGUUCAGUUUUUCAUUCUGUAUUUUAAACUAAAAAAAAAUGGCAAAGAUGUGUCGGAUUGGGAAUUUGUUGCCAUAUUAGUUUAUUCCUUAUAGAAGGUAUCUUAAAUGAAAUUAUUAUUAAUGUUUAAUCUAUAUUACGGUAAUAGGAAAGUUAAAAGUAAGGGUAAAACACGUUCACAAAUAGUGACUUAAUAUUGGGGUGUUUAACUUCAUAUCUAAAAAUACAUUUCAUGAAAUUAUGGAAGUAAAAUGUUAAUUUACACUAAACAAUGUGUGUGUUUUGUGAAUGCAUUAUACCUCAAUAGAACCGAUGUACUCAUGGGCCGUCUCAGUGUAUUUGUGUGGAUAUAUACUGUGUAUACAG